UAAUGUGAUGCCCCCGUGAUCGUCGUAAACGAUGAGACUCGCGUUUCGCAUGUCCUAUAAAAGGCGAACCCUCUCCUUCAACUUCAUUUACAGCAACUGAACCCAUUCCAAAUUCCUCUGCUAGCGAGGCAGAGAGAGAAACUAGAGAGAGAGCCAACACCUUCUCUUUCUCCGAUUCCAUUCCAAAAUGGUGGAUCCCUACGUGUUCGGUUGGAUUCUGUGCUCCGUUCUGAGUCUAUUCGCUCUCUACAGUUUGGUUUUUGCCGGAAAGAGCACUCGCGCGUCGCCGGAAAAGAGGAUUGAAUUGUCGGAGAGCGUCACCACCGUUGCCGGAGAAUGCAGAUCGGCGAAUAGCAACGGUGAUGCUGACGUCAUCAUUGUCGGAGCUGGCGUCGCUGGCGCCGCUUUGGCUCACACUCUCGGCAAGGAUGGGCGACGAGUACAUGUCAUUGAAAGAGAUCUGAGUGAGCCUGACCGAAUUGUGGGAGAGUUGCUACAACCUGGGGGCUAUCUCAAAUUAAUUGAGCUGGGACUUGAAGAUUGUGUGGAGAAAAUUGAUGCCCAGCAAGUGUUUGGUUAUGCUCUUUUCAAGGAUGGGAAACAUACUCGUCUCUCUUACCCCCUUGAGAAGUUUCACUCAGAUGUUGCUGGCAGAAGCUUUCACAAUGGGCGCUUUAUUCAGAGGAUGCGGGAGAAGGCUGCCUCCCUUCCCAAUGUACGAUUGGAGCAAGGAACAGUAACUUCUCUAGUUGAAGAGAGAGGGACAAUUAGAGGAGUGCAAUACAAGACCAAAGAUGGUCAGGAAUUCACAGCAUAUGCUCCUCUUACCAUUGUUUGUGAUGGCUGUUUCUCAAACUUACGUCGUUCUCUUUGUAAUCCUAAGGUAGAUAUUCCCUCAUGUUUUGUUGGUUUAGUUUUAGAGAACUGUGAACUUCCAUGUGCAAAUCAUGGCCACGUCAUACUGGGAGAUCCUUCGCCAAUUCUGUUCUAUCCUAUAAGUAGUACAGAGGUUCGCUGUCUGGUUGAUGUCCCUGGUCAGAAGGUUCCUUCUAUUUCAAAUGGUGAAAUGGAAAAAUAUUUGAAGACAACGGUGGCUCCACAGGUUCCUCCCGAGAUUUAUAAUGCCUUCAUCGCUGCAGUGGACAAAGGCAGCAUAAGGACAAUGCCAAACAGAAGCAUGCCUGCAGAUCCUCUUCCUACUCCUGGAGCCCUUCUGAUGGGAGAUGCAUUCAACAUGCGGCAUCCACUAACAGGGGGUGGCAUGACUGUAGCAUUGUCUGAUAUUGUGGUGCUGAGAAAUCUUCUCAGGCCUUUGCGUGACCUGAAUGAUUCAUCCACACUAUGUAAAUACCUUGAAUCGUUUUAUACCUUGCGUAAGCCUGUGGCAUCCACUAUAAAUACGUUGGCUGGAGCACUUUACAAGGUUUUUUGUGCAUCCCCAGAUCUGGCAAGGAAGGAAAUGCGCCAAGCUUGCUUUGAUUAUCUGAGCCUUGGAGGCCUAUUCUCGGAAGGACCAGUUUCAUUACUUUCUGGAUUAAACCCUCGCCCCUUGAGCUUGGUUCUCCAUUUCUUUGCUGUUGCAAUAUAUGGUGUUGGCCGUUUAUUAUUUCCAUUUCCUUCACCUAAUCGACUGUGGAUUGGAGCCAGAUUAAUCUCUAGUGCAUCUGCAAUAAUCUUCCCCAUAAUUAAGGCGGAGGGGAUUCGUCAGAUGUUUUUCCCUGCAACUGUCCCAGCUUAUUACAGAACUCCUCCGGUUGAAGAAAAGUGAGUUUCAGUGAAUGCGUUCAGAAAAAUCAAGGUGCUCUCAAGAUGCGCUAGUUGUGUCACAUACUCCAUUUGAGGGAAGGUGAUGCUCGUAGAUCUGUAAAAACAUUUUGGCUUCGUAGUGUGUAUUCUUUGUAGUGUGUAGUACAAUGCUAGAAGUGCAUUUAUGAUCUCUAUCUUUCUCCCUAGUCCCUAUACCAGAAAUCAAGUCCAUGAUCUUAAUAACUCUCAGCAAAAUUAUGUAAAGCAUUUAAACAAGUGAGUUUGAUUUUAAUUGUCAUUGUAAAAUCAUAUAUAAGCCAAAUGCUGUU